AUGAACGUUCGACCUUUUGUUCAGUUAGACAAUCUCAACCCUGCUUUAGACCAUCAAAAGAUAAGAGUCUGUAUCAUAAGACUUUGGAAAUCAUUCAAGUCCCUUCAGAUGGUCUUCGUUGAUAGUGAUGGUACAAGGAUACAUGCAUCUAUUGAAGAUGGUUUGGUCAGCAGGUUUCAAAACCAACUCGCUGUCGGCGAGUCAGAAAUAGUCGACACGUUCAGCUUAGUCGAUUAUGAUAGUAGUUAUAACACAAGUUCUUUGGGAUUUAAAAUCGUCUUUUAUAGAACCACUGUUGUGAAACCAUGUGAUGAAUUCCCAGUUCGUGUUCCAAAAAAAUAUUUUCAGGCGAUUACAAUCGAGAAUUUAAAAAGCGGCAAGUCUGCUUAUGUUGUCGAAAAGUUUUGGGAAAAGGAAGACAUGGUUGUGCAAUUUGGAAAGGAACUAUAUGGAAGGAAUGAACUUUCGAAUAAUUCUUUGGAUCUCGACGACCAUAAGUUGCAAAUCGCACCAGCUGAAAUGAAUUUGACUUCAUCUAAGAGAGAUCAUACAGACAGCAAUGUUGGAACGACUGGGGGUCAUAGCAUGAUGACAAGGAAAAAAAUCAAAAACUGA